AUGCCGCUGAGUAAUUCUACUCUGGGUGAAGACCCAGCUUAUGUACCUCUCAACUUGGCCCUCUCAACACCCUGGGACUUUCUUCGUCCCAAUAAAAAACUGCGAACAGGAAUAUUGGAUACCGCCAAAUACUAUCUGGACUCACUUGCUGUUUCCGUCAGCGACUCCCAAACUACCCGACAGCGAGACAAUAGAAAACGGAAACGAUCCGGAGCUGAGGACGACGUUGCAAAUGUUCUACAGUUGAAACAGCUAUAUGUUGAUGGAUUCAGUUCGGACCAAAUCUGGGAGCAAGCUUUACGUAUCUUUGAUUCAACGGACCAGGAAAUCGAGCGCGACUGCUCACUAUGGGCUCAAAGCAUAGAUCAGCCUGCCAGCGAGCCGUCGCAAAAUUCAAUGUCUUUCGAUGGUGUAUCGCAAGAUGAAGACAUGGAGGAUGACAGCUCUGCCAGCGGCUUGGAGGGCAGUCUGGACGGAUCUGAUCAUGACCAGAUUGAGGAGGAAGAGUUGAACUCUGAAGCAGAGAUCUCCCAGAGCGGCAGCGAGGAAGAGGUAUCAAACGAAAGCGACGCCGACGAAAAUGCCGGUAACGAUGCCACCUAUGUCGAGGAUCGGUUCGGCUUGAAUGAUGGGUUUUUCUCUAUCGACGAUUUCAACAAACAAACCGAGCUUUUCGAAAGACAGGAUGCCCGGGGUGACGUGGAUGACGAAAGCGAUGAGGAGGAAGUUGAUUGGCACGCGGACCCUAUGGGUGCAGGAGCAUCGAGUCUUUCGUCCCAGAAACAGACCCACAAGUUUGACGGCAGCAUGAGUGAAAGCGACGAGGAGGACGGCCCGACUUUCGACAACAUAGGGGCAGACUCAGAGUCCGAUCUAGAGGAAGAUGAUUCUCCCAUCUCUGCUCUUGGGGCGGGUUUCUCCAAUACGAGCGAUAUUAUGUAUGCCGAUUUCUUUGCGCCCCCGCCCCGUAAAGCGUCGAAGAAAAGAUCACGUCUACUACCUAAAACACAACCGACUGAGAUAUCUGAAAAUGAUAUUGAUCGUGCAAUGGCGGAUGUCCGACGGGACCUGUUUGAUGAUGAAGAAUCCGCAGAAGAAAGCGAAGACGAGUCAAGAAAACCAGAAUCUUCCCAAACAAGUCGGUCAACGCACGAAAAGCAGCGCUCCCGCAUCGCAGACGAAAUUCGUCGCCUGGAAGCCGCCAACGUCGCGAAGAAAGAAUGGAUGUUAUCCGGAGAGGCUAGGGCGGUAGAAAGACCCAUGAACUCACUCAUAGAAGAAGAUUUGGAUUUUGAAAGGAUUGGAAAGCCGGUUCCAGUGGUGACCACAGAGCUGUCGGAAAGUAUCGAGGAGCUGGUCAGACGGCGAAUUAUUGCCAAAGAGUUUGAUGAAGUUAUACGUCGCCGGCCUGGCUUGCCAGACAGGCAGAGCGCCCAGAAGGCGCGAGUUGAACUCGAGGACGGCAAACCCCAACAGAGUCUUGCAGAGUUAUACGAAACAGAUCACCUCCGGGCUACAGAUGCGAACUAUGUCGACCCCAAGAGCCAGAAACUUUUAAAAGAGCAUACCGAGAUCACCAAUCUCUGGCGAGAUAUCACCUCCCAGUUGGAUACACUUUCUAAUUGGCACUACAAGCCCAAGGCACCACAAGCAAGCAUCAAUGUGGUUACUGAUGUCGCAACGAUCACAAUGGAGGAUGCGCAACCCACUGCUAGUGGCGCUGUACGUGCAUCGGCGGCGCUCGCACCUCAGGAGAUUUACGCUCCUGGCGAGACUGCUAGGACAACCGGCGAGGUUGUAAUGAGAAAUGGGGUGCCGAUCACGAAGGAGGAGAUGUCUCGGGAAGACAAGGCCAGGUUGAGAAGGCGGCAGAAGAAGCAAAGCCAAGCCUCUGCUGAGCAGACCAAGCAACGGUCUGGCAAGGCGGCCGAGAAGCAGCAGAUUGUGUCGGAUCUCAAGAAGGGAGGUGUUAAGGUGAUUGGAAAAGGAGGUGAAAUGACGGAUCUCGAUGGGAGCAAGGUUACUGGAAAGGGCGAUAGGAGUGGCGCUCAUGCCAUGAAAUUAUAG